GAAUUUCGUCAAAAGGCUCUGCCAGCUUUUCAGCGUUUUUAGUUUGAGUUCCACACAAGGCACAGUUUCUGCUUGGCCAUCAGGGAAGGCACAGGGGAGGCACAGGGAAGGCACACAGACAGAGAGAGAUAGAAAAAGGGAUAAAAGAGCUGUCAGACACUUAAACUGGUAGAUUUCUUUGCCACAAUCACAGGGCCCUUAAAGAUCUGGCAGCUGUCUUGACUUCCAUGAUGUCAACAACAAGAGGACGUGCAGAACGGCAGGGUGGUAACACCAGUCUGAAUCUGAACCACUAUGCCACUAAGAAGACGGUAGCAGAGAGCAUGUUAGACGUGGCCCUGCUGAUGGCCAACGCUGCCCAGCUGAAGGCCGUCCUGGAGCAGGGGCCAGACUUCAGGUACUACGUCACCGUCCUGGUCCUCAUCGGGUCUUCACUGCUCUUCCAGGUGCUGGCUGGGGUACUGUUUGUCGCCAUGGCACGUAAGGACCUGAACAACAUAGCUAACCAGAGGAAGCUGGACAUCAUGAACAACGUGGCCACCGGCCUCGUCUUCAUCACCACCAUCAUCAACAUCUUCAUCACCGCAUUUGGAGUGCAGAAAACUGGCCUGUACCCUAAAACCUAGACUGAAGAGUGGCCUGUACCCCAAAACCUAUACAGUAGACUGGACUGUACCCUAAAACCUAGACAGUAGACUGGACUGUACCCUAAAACCUAGACAGUAGACUGGACUGUACCCUAAAACCUAGACAGUAGACUGGACUGUACCCCAAAACCUAGACUGAAGAGUGGCCUGUACCCCAAAACCUAUACAGUAGACUGGACUGUACCCUAAAACCUAUACAGUAGACUGGACUGUACCCUAAAACCUAGACAGUAGACUGGACUGUACCCUAAAACCUAGACAGUAGACUGGACUGUACCCUAAAACCUAGACAGUAGACUGGACUGUACCCUAAAACCUAGACAGUAGACUGGACUGUACCCUAAAACCUAUACAGUAGACUGGACUGUACCCUAAAACCUAGACAGUAGACUGGACUGUACCCUAAAACCUAGACAGUAGACUGGACUGUACCCUAAAACCUAUACAGUAGACUGGACUGUACCCCAAAACCUAUACAGUAGACUGGACUGUACCCCAAAAUCUAGACUGAAGACUGACCUGUACCCCAAAACCUAAAGUGAUAUACUUCAGCGAUAUAUCUUUCAAAACACGGCAAUACGGGUUUACUAUUGUUUUCUAUUGUAACUUUUAUUUUAUCAGAAGAGAUUUGUAAAAGAAAGAUAUUAAUAAUUUAAAUGUCAAAAAGUAGAAUUGUCUUAUUCUAAUGUGUAUGGCUCAGAAAUCAAAUUAAAGACAAGUGUUUGGGCUACAGAUUAGUCUCUCUAGACAAACGGGUUGCCUCCCACAAUUUAACAAUGUUCAAGCUUGUCCUUGGUCUGGGAUUUCCAAGAAUGGCUACCGACCAAAGGGUCUUCAGAUUAUAUAAGGGGAAACAGAGACUACUAGUGGUUUCUAUUUUACUAAUAAAGAACGAUACUCACUGUGUCUAAAGUGUGUCUCUAAUGCAAUAAAGUCCACACAACAACUG